AUGUAUAGUACUAAAUGUGCCAUUUUACUCGCAUUCGCUUCCUUGGUGGUGGUCAACGCCCAAUCACUGUUCCCAUCAUUGACCUACAAUUUAAUCGUCUCACAUAUUGGUUAUGACUUUCUAGGUAAUUUCUCUUGGGAGACAGCGGACGAUCCAACGAACGGCCGUGUCAACUAUGUCGAUAAAGCUACCGCUCUCAAGGAUAAUCUGACUUUCGUUUCGGACCACAAGUUUAUCAUGCGCGCUGACGACACGAAGAAAGUUGCAAAAUCUGCCCGUGGGCGAGACAGCGUACGCAUACAUUCGCUGGAUGCUUACGACGACGCCUUGUUUGUCCUCGACAUAUUUCAUAUGCCCGAGGGUUGUGCAACGUGGCCUGCGUGGUGGACAUUGAGUGAGGAAGGGCCCUGGCCUUACGGUGGCGAAAUUGAUAUUAUCGAAGGCGUCAACCUCGGUCAAGGAAAUCUUGCCUCCCUUCACACUACACCGAACUGCACUAUGCCCAAGGCUCGAUCACAGAGAGGGUUCACAAAAUCCACAUCAUGCGACACAUCUGUAAACUCCAAUCAGGGUUGCGGUGUCUCUUUUCCUGACCAAGAUUCUUAUGGGGCAAGCUUCAAUGCGGUGGGCGGUGGCUUUUAUAUCAUGGAGAAAAGCAGCACGAAGGGCGUUUCAGUCUGGUUUAUCACUCGCGACAGCUUGCUACUUCUCGGUGGCGAGCCCGUCCUGGACUUGGUGCUUCUAUCAACACCUGAUGCGUACUUCCCGACGGUUAACAACUGCGACUACUCCAAACACUUCAAUGCACAUAGCAUUGUUUUUGAUCUGACAUUCUGUGGCGACUGGGCUGGGUCUGAGUCGGUGUGGAAUGCGUCCACAUGUGCGGCCAAAGCCUCUACCUGUAACAGCUUUGUUGACAACAAUCCCAGCGAGUUCACCGAAGCCUAUUGGGAAAUCAACUCCCUUAAAAUAUAUACACCUCAUGGUCUCUUGCGUUAG